AUGGAGCAGCGAAACGCCCUCUACUAUAUAAAUCUGCUAGAAGAUAUUGGAGAUCGCUUGGAGGAGCUCCGAAUCGAAACCCUGCAAUUCUCCAGCUAUCUCGAAGUGGCUCAGCGACGAUUCGCUGCUCGACCGAGUGCCAGCCGUCUUCUGGAAAUAUUCCGAGUCCAAAAAAAACUCGAGGCCCUCGAUGAAGAGUUUACCGCUGUGAAUGACUGGAACGAGGAGGUGGAAGAGGAAUUCAGAUGGUUCCAGGCGCGCGAGGCAGGCGAAGACACGGUAAGUGACAUCUCACUAUCUGAGCUUUUAAAUUUCAGCAGGACGAAGAAGACUUCUCCGAGUCGGAGAGCAUCGAGGCUUCAUCGAGCAGCGAGUUUUUCGGCGGACAGCGACGUCGACGACCAAUGA